GAUGGAAAGAGUUGAAGCCGCGCCGAUAGGAGCCGCCGGGAAGAGGCAGCGGAGCUCAGGGCAGGACUUGGGUCCCAACUCCGGCCGCGCCGCGGGGACGCUGCCCGCAGCCGCUCGCAUGGCCCGGGGCAGCGCACCCUAAGCGCCGGGCUGGGGCGAGCCGCCGCUCCGCUCCGCUCCCCGCUCUCCUCCCGCUGCAGCCGGAGCGCGAUGCGCCCGUGAGCCCCGCACCGGAGCCGCCGGAGAGCCCAUAAAUCAUCCAGAAACGAGCUUAUGAGAAAAAUAGAAGGAAGAAGGCCAAGGAGGCAUGCCAGAGAAGGGAGCCUGCAGAGUCCAAGGGGUUCAGAGAAGGCUGCAGUGGGACUGCCUCUGAGAGGGAGCAUUUACAUCCUGGCAGGUUUACCUUCUGGGACUUCCAAGCUUGGAUUGCUGCUGAGCAUUUGUCCUGGACCUGGCCUCUGGGCUGAUUACUAAGGACUUUCCCUGGUGCUUGACUUCAAAUAUGACGCUUCAGUAAUGCAGAGGCUGUAUCCUCCCUGGGCCCACCUUGGAAGCUAGAUCUGCAACUGCCCUUCAGUCAUGGUUGUUUCAAGAUUAAAGGCCAUUUCCCUGUCAUUGCCAAGCCUUUUUCUUCUUGCUUUUCAUCUCUCCGCAUCACAGAAUGUACCUGAAUACUCUGAAGCUGAACAUCAGCAGUGUGUCAGGAAAGAACACCCCACAAUCGCUUUUGAAGAUCUGAAGCCUUGGGUGUCCAAUUUCACCUAUCCAGGUGUGCAUGAUUUUUCUCAGCUCGCCCUGGAUGCCAACAGGAACCAGCUCAUUGUGGGAGCAAGGAACUACCUCUUCAGACUUAGUCUACACAACGUUUCUCUUAUUCAGGCAACAGCAUGGGGUUCAGAUGAAGACACCAGGAGGUCCUGUCAAAGUAAAGGGAAAACAGAGGAGGAGUGCCAGAACUAUGUCCGAGUGCUGAUUGUUUAUGGCAAGAAGGUUUUUACCUGUGGUACCAAUGCCUUUUCACCAGUGUGUUCCAGCCGUCAGGUAGGAAAUCUUAGCAAAAUCAUUGACAGAAUUAAUGGAGUGGCUCGGUGCCCAUAUGACCCCCGGCAUAACUCAACAGCUGUGAUUACAUCACGAGGAGAACUCUAUGCUGCAACUGUAAUUGAUUUCUCUGGACGGGAUCCUGCUAUUUACCGCAGCCUUGGAAAUGUGCCCCCACUCAGGACAGCACAGUACAACUCCAAAUGGCUCAAUGAGCCUAACUUUAUCGCUGCCUAUGACAUCGGUUUGUUCACCUACUUCUUCUUUCGAGAGAAUGCGGUAGAACACGACUGUGGGAAAACAGUAUAUUCUCGUGUGGCCAGGGUCUGCAAAAAUGACAUUGGAGGGAGAUUUUUGCUGGAGGACACAUGGACAACUUUCAUGAAGGCCAGGCUGAACUGCUCCAGAGCUGGAGAAAUCCCUUUCUAUUAUAAUGAACUGCAAAGCACCUUCUACCUUCCUGAACAAGACCUGAUCUAUGGUGUCUUCACUACUAAUGUAAACAGCAUAGCUGCCUCAGCAGUGUGUGCCUUCAAUCUCAGUGCCAUUACUCAGGCAUUUAAUGGUCCUUUCCGUUACCAAGAGAACCCAAGAUCAGCCUGGCUGCCAACAGCAAACCCCAUCCCAAAUUUCCAGUGUGGGACACUGAGCGAUGACAGCCCGAAUGAGAACCUGACCGAGAGAGUCCUGCAGGACGCGCAGCGCUUGUUCCUGAUGAACGACGUGGUGCAGCCGGUCACUGUAGAUCCGUAUGUGACUCAGGACAGCAUUCGAUUCUCUAAACUAGUGGUUGAUAUUGUUCAGGGGAAGGAUACUCUCUACCACGUGAUGUACAUUGGAACAGAGUAUGGCACCAUCUUGAAGGCCCUUUCUACCACUAAUAGGAGCCUGAGGAGUUGUUAUUUAGAGGAAAUGCAGAUCCUCCCUGAUGGACAACGGGAAGCAAUCAAGAGUCUCCAAAUCCUGCACAGCGACAGAUCGCUCUUUGUGGGCUUAAAUAACGGAGUGCUGAAAAUUCCUCUGGAGAGAUGCUCCAUGUACAGAACAGAAGGGGAAUGCCUAGGAGCCAGAGACCCUUACUGUGGCUGGGAUAACAAGCAGAAGCGAUGCACCACCAUUGAGGACAGCUCCAACAUGAGCCUAUGGACUCAAAAUAUUACUGAGUGCCCAGUGAAAAACCUGACAACAAAUGGAAGACUGGGGCCCUGGUCCCCAUGGCAACCGUGUGAGCAUUCAGAUGGGGACAGCACAGGCUCCUGUAUGUGUAGGUCACGUUCGUGUGACAGCCCUCGUCCUCGCUGUGGAGGUCGCAGCUGUGAAGGGGCCAGGAUCGAGGUCGCAAAUUGUUCAAGAAAUGGCGCUUGGACACCCUGGUCUUCCUGGGCCCUGUGCAGCACCUCCUGUGGGAUAGGCUUUCAGGUCCGCCAGCGGUCCUGCAGCAACCCUGCUCCACGGUAUGGGGGCAGGGUCUGUGUUGGACAGAGCAGGGAAGAGAGAUUCUGUAAUGAGAAUAGUCCAUGUCCAUUGCCAAUUUUUUGGUCUUCGUGGGGUCCCUGGAAUAAAUGUAGUGUGAAUUGUGGUGGAGGAAUUCACUCAAGGCAAAGGACCUGUGAAAAUGGAAAUACAUGUCCAGGCUGUGCUGUGGAAUAUAAGACCUGCAACCCAGAGAGCUGCCCAGAAGUGCGUAGGAACACACCCUGGACCCCUUGGAUGCCUGUCAACAUCACCCAGAAUGGUGCCCGCCAGGAGCAGCGCUUCCGCUAUACGUGUCGUGCCCAGCUGUCUGAUCCCCAUGAGCUGCAGUUUGGGAGGAAGAAAACUGAGAGUCGAUUCUGUCCCAAUGAUGGCUCAGCUAUGUGUGAAACUGACUCUCUUGUUGACGACCUCCUCAAGACUGGUAAGACCUCUGCACGGAUUAUCAAUGGGGGCUGGUCCUUUUGGGGGGCCUGGUCUUCCUGUUCCAGGGACUGUGAGUUGGGCUUUAGAAUCCGGAAAAGAACAUGCACAAACCCUGAACCUAAAAAUGGUGGCUUGCCUUGCGUGGGGUCAGCGAUGGAGUACCAAGACUGCAACCCACAUCCUUGCCCAGUAAAAGGCUCAUGGUCUUGCUGGACUCCUUGGUCUCAGUGCUCAGCAACCUGUGGAGGAGGGCAUUACCAGCGCACACGGACUUGCACCAACCCAGCUCCAUCCAGUGGAGAGGAUAUCUGCAUCGGGCUGCACACUGAGGAGGCUCUCUGCAACACCCACCCAUGUGAAGGUGGCUGGUCAGAGUGGUCAGAGUGGAGCCUGUGCAAUGAAGAGGGCAUCCAGUAUCGCAGCCGUUACUGUGAGGUACACAGCCCAGACUCUUCUCAGUGCGUUGGAAACAGCACACAAUACCAAGAUUGCCUGUAUAAUGAAAUUCCUGUGAUCCUGCCAGCAUCCAGCAUUGAUGAGAGCACAAACUGUGGAGGUUUUAGUCUCAUCCAUCUGAUUGCCACUGGGGUCUCCUGCUUCUUUGGCUCUAGCCUCUUAACGUUUGUGAUUUACGUGUACUGCCAGCGCUGCCAGAGGCAGUCCCAGGAGUCGACCGUUAUCCACCCAACCACUCCCAACCAUCUUCAUUACAAGGGCAACACAACCCCCAAGAAUGAGAAGUACACCCCCAUGGAGUUCAAGACAGGAGAUGCGCUCAUACCUUCCCUAAACGUGCUGUGCCUCGAUCACGAGGAUGCUGUAGCAAACAAAGCCUGUGUUGACCCUCAAAUCCAAGCACUGACAGAAGUGACACACUUAAUAUCGGGGGGUCCAAACCUGGAUAUCUACCAAUGGAGAUGGAGAUCAGACACUUAACAAGAACAACUUGAUACCAGACGAUAGGACCAACUUCUACCCCUUGCAGCAAACCAACGUGUACACAACAACCUACUAUCCCAGUACACUGAAUAAAUAUGACUACAGGCCCGAGGCCUCCCCUGGAAGGACCUUUACCAACAGCUGAUGAUGGACAGAUCCUACAGGACUAGAUCACUUCCUCUAUGAAUUUUUUUUAUUGAUUUUUGUGGACCAAAUACUGGCCCAGCCUCUAGAUGUAAAUAUUGUACAGUAGGGUCUUUUUUUUUCCUUUGGUUAAUUGUAUUUCUUGUAAACAGCACAUCUCCUUACAAGGACAAAAAUGCGUAUGGACCAUUCUGCAGAGCUUUCGUGGCUGUUUGGUUGGAGAUGGCUCUCACUACUGCAACUGUUUAUGGCUGGAAGAUCAGCAUCGCUGUCCAGGGCCUAUGUCAAGGAGCUGGCUGUGGCCGUGCCACCACGCAGCAGUACAAGUGCAUGUGGAGUGACAGAGGAGGCAGCCUCCUGGGGCAAGGAGCAUCCUUCCUGGGACAGGGGAGCAAAAGGGCACAAGACGACACACAGCACAUGGAACAGGCCGAGCGGGACUCCAUCAUGCCAACAACGUAAAGAAUGUUUUCCUUUUCAUUUCCUUUUUCAAUUUUGAUUUUUUUUUUACUGUUUCUCCAAAAAGAAAAAAAAGAAAAAAGAAAAAAAAAGUGACUUCAACAGAAUCUUUUCAUACUGCAAGAAAUAAUCGCCGCCGCCUUCUUUGGUAAUAUGCAAUUGAGCUGGUGAGAAACAACACACAAAUAAAGUGCAUUACCCAAAGAGGCUUUCUAGAAUGUUUCCAGUCUUAAUUAAAAGAAAAUCAUACAGGCAGUGAGAUACUGAGGAAAGUAAAUGUUGGAAUAGCAUCGGAGACAUGAACUUGGAGUGCCUAACAAACAAAGAUGUUUAUAUCACUGGAAAAAAAUAUGUGAUGAUUGCUGCACAAGAGCCAUAGGCUUUUUUUCUUUCAUUCUUUCAUUUUGUUUCCAAGACAGUGUUAACUCUUUUUGUUCUAGCUUUGAUCCUGAUUGUGUCCGCAAGGAAAGACAACAUUGGAGGCCAUGCUCUUCUUUGUGGGAAAUCACCAUGCUUUGGGCUAAUUUUUACUCUUCUUUUAUUGUUGGUUUUUAGUUCGUUUACUUUUCAAAGAGUGAAUAAUUCUGACUUUGCAGGAGAGAGUGUUUUGUAAGGAACGUUUCCAUAGUCUGGCGUGACCCAGAAAGUCUGCUGCACAUUCUUAUAGCGUCUUCCAGUCAAUACUCUAUGAAAUAGUAACACAGCUGAGUAAUGUGCAUUGUUUGCCAAUAUUUCCUUAAUUUUUCUGAACAAAACCAACCCAACGAACAACUGCUGCUGCAGCUAUUGAAGUUAAUUGAGGCAGCAGCAUUAUUAAACAAUAUAUCCAGCCUUGAAAUGUUAUUUUGUGUAUGUGUGUGACUGUGUCUAUGAGAACUGUAUUAGUUUAAUGCAGAAGCCAUGUUGUCUACAGCCAGAUGUUUGUCUGACAUAAUUGUUUGGCAAAAAAGGAAACUUAUUGCUGGUGCUUAAUGUACAAUUACAUCAAAUGUGUUAGCAACGUGAACAAGUCCACCACUGUUAUCAUUCAGUGUUUCUAAAUAUUUAUAACGAACUCCUGAUGCUAAGGAUUUUAGAAUGUUCCAAUACUGAGCAUGAGAUAAAAGUACACCCCAAAACGUGCAUGAGCUCCACGUGGUCCCGAGCUUGGAUUUGUUGUCUGCAUCUUACCCGGACGAUUGCCAUGCCCACGCAUGGCUGUCAGCUCGGCUGUGUCCCCAGCUGUUCUUUCUGUCUUUGCUUUCUUUCAGAUUUUGCCAUAAACCAGCAGUUUCUCAGUGCCAUUUCUUUGCAAUUGCUCGUUGGAGGUCUGGCCAGGGCCACGUGUUCUGCUCUUUCGUGCAGGUAGCUGGUAGAAAAUGAAGAAAGAUGCAUACAAGUGCAUUGCUUUUCCUGCAAGGAGAAGCCAAUGUGACUCUGUACGCCCAUGUUACAAUUGUUUGACCAGAAGGCAAGCAUAAAGUAGCCUCCCAUUUUUAAAUUACUUCUUUUUUGUCUUCAGUUUGCAGUGAUUGAAGGCCGUAGGGAUAUUUGUAAUGAAGUGGCGUUAUUUGCACUGCUCCGAGGAUGCCUUAGGCUCAGUGGUGCCCAUCACUUCCAGCAGCUGUUCUUCUGAUUUAGCAGCCCACCCCACUUCUGCUCCAGCUUCACCAGGUAAAAGAGAGGGAACCAAACUGCCUGCUCCCCACAAAACACUAGAAAUCCUGACUGUAAGUCAUUCCAACAAGGGGCUGAAUGCACUUAUAUUGGACUGCCUGGCUGGAAUUUCUCAGCUCUUGGUGGAGCGAGUCAGAAGAAUAUGGGGUUUCCACAGUCAUGCUCACUGUUGUGAAAUUUGUGCCACCUUUGAGCUUCCCUUUCAGCACUGACACAUUCUGCUGUUAUUACGCACAUCACAGGAGUGCAGCUGGAGUUUAGGGGAUGUGAGUGAGUCAAAUCUUGCAAUUUUUUUUUCAUUUUCCAUUUUUCCUUUGUGGUUUUUUUUCUUCACUUUAAGCGUUCUUCCGUGCUUGGCUUAACAAAUAACACAAUUUAAAAGGAUUUUUUUUUUCCCCUAAGAAAGCUCCCAUGUAGCAGUUGAAGUUACUUAAAUGUUCAGCUCACCAAGGUGGGUCAUUACAACCACUGCGCUCAGAAGGUGGAUAUUUUGUCAGCUGCUGGAGGGCAGAUGCUCUGAGGGUGGUGCAUGUGGUUAUCAUUUCAUUGAGACACUCCUUUCUCACCAGCCUUCCAUAUGGACCCAGCUCUUUUCACAUAAUGGGCAGUCACAGCGAUGGUCACUCGGCUCCAUUCGAGCAGAAAGCAGAAGCCAGGAGAGUGCAGGGAGAAAAAGAGAGAAAUCAGAGCACUUAUUACUCAAUUAAUGUUUGCAUGAGGGUGCCCUUCUUUAAGGAUCAUGUUAAUGUAAUGUAAGGGUUGCAUUUUGUUAUGAGCUCUCUAACGCGUGGCAGGUUAAUGACACAAAUAUGUGACAUUCUUGCUGUCCAGGUAAUACAGCAGUUUGAUCACCAGAUCUGCAGUAUCUGUAGCAGGCUGGACUGCUCCUGGCUGUUAAACUGGUUAAGAGUUCCGAAGUCCAGCUUGAAAAACACUGGAAAUGCACUUAAUUGGGAAGCAUUGCUUCCCAAAGAAACCAUCUAGCUCUCCUUUUUCUUUCACUUCCAAGAGGAGACCCUAGGGGGUCACAGGAUUGGUCUGGAGCCGUUGGUUAUGUGCGAGCCCUUGGGGGAGGAUUUGGGCAUACAGUGCACAAAACACGAUGGACAAAAGACAGUGGAAGUCCAAUGGCCCAACGUUCAGCAGAAACACCUUUAAUGGGGUGUUCCACACCGAAAUAUGCGAACUGUACAGCUACUGUAGGAGAAGAACAUGUAGUGUGCUACCACCACUGUUCCUAAUGCCUUACUUGUAGAAAAUGAGAGUUUGUUUUUUGAAAUCAACAGAGAGCAGGAACGAAGUCCACAUCUGAUGCAGAUAAUUUGAUGCCUCCAGUGUUAAUCUGAUGCUGAGUCCACCUGGGGAGGAAAUUGCUGUCCACUGAGAUUGAUUUAUUCUUUGUACCAAAUGUAGUGGGGGGAGAGUUUUAUAUAUAUAUAAAUAUAUAUAUAAAAUGUAAAUGUAAAGUUUGUGUAACAACUUGCUCUUUUUUUGUAAUAGUGUAUACAUCUAUCGGUGGAUAGGUACAGUAUAUAUUUAUAAUAUAUACACACACACACACACACUAUAUAUAUAUAUAUAUAUAUAGCAAAAUGCCUGCAGAGGAAACUUAAAAUAAGAAAGGCAGUGCUGGUAUUCAAAUGCCACAGGGACAAACUGAAGGAAAAAGAAAAGUACAAAUCUAGUGUCCUUUCCAUUAGGGGGUAACAAAAUAUGCUUUUGGGGAAAAUGAAAUAUAAUUUUUUAAUUGAAAAGAAAAUUGAUUUUUCUAGUUAGAAGUGUUGAUUCUCCCCUAAAUUAUUCUGGUUAAGAAUGACUGAGUAAAGGAUUCUCGUUACUGCUUAUAUUUUCUGAAUAAGCCUCCUGAAUCUCUCAUGUGCAUCACUCUGUUGUUUUUGUAAUUAUAAGUAGGGAGUAAUUGUGCAAAGAAAAUUAAAAUAGCAAGUAGGAGUAACAAAUAAUGUACCAUUAGAGUAAAGGAUAUCAACUACUAGAACUGGAACGACGUCAUCUUCCGUGUUAAAGAAGUUAGCAAUUGCUUUCUGAGUUAUUGAUCAGCAUUACGAGACUUGCCUUACAGGGAUGCAAGGAGGUUUAAUGCAAAAUUUAGGGUCAAGAAACCCUGAAUACCAAUGGCUUUUGGUUUCAGAGGGCUCCAAAUAAGGCUGUGGUGCAGGGGCAGCACCCUAUGGCUGGGUGCCCCUUCUGAGCAGGGACUGGACUCAUGGGGGAUUCUUCCCUUUGAGCCUGUAAGGAGAAAACCAGAGAAGGCUGCAAGGGCAGGUUUGGGCUGGGUGAGCAGACCCACAGGUUUUGGUGCUGUGUGAUUGCCUUCAAAAGUGACCAAAAACCCCCUCGUGGGGAACAGGUCCUUGUGGGGUCAUCCAGCCUCAACCCUACUGCCCUGAAAUCCUCCCUUUGGGCCACUGCUUCUGCUCUGCAUCAGCUGCAAACCCACUCCUGCCAUGGGAGGUGGGUGCACAGUUUAAGAGCAGCAUUUGGCUUUCCAGAGUCCCCAUCCUGCUUUGCUUUGAAACCAACCCAUUGCGAGAAACACAAACGCCAUGAGGCUGCAGCCCCACUCCCACAGAGGCUUCAGGGUGUGUGAAGAGUGAGAUGGGGCCAAGUGUGUGAUGGAGGUGGGGGCACAACAGGCACAGGGCUGGGGGGGGAUGCGAUUGGAACUCUUGUCCCAAACAGCAAAACCUGGAGCGUGUCACUGGACUCUGCAGUGGAGGCACAUCACCCUUCCUAUGCAAUUGAACUCGAUGGUACUUUAGUAUAAAGGUGACCUAGACUGUAAUCACUGCCUUUAGACACUGUGAAAUUUUUUGGGGUACUCUGUAUUUUUAUAUAUUGUACAAUGUAAAGAAUAAUUCAGAAAUAAAAGAGAACAACCUGG